AUGCCCUCCCUCUCCUCCCUCACCGACCCCAAGCCCUACCACAUCCUCGUCUACGGCUCCCUCCUCGGAAGCAACUUAUGGAACACAUUCGGCGCCGGUCCCCUCGCCUAUAAAGCACUCCCACGACCAUCAUUCUCAACGCUCCAACAAGCCAUCUUCCCGACCUUCUUCUCAUUCCACACCGUUCUACCGCUCGUAUUGGCGUUCACAUGGCCGGGAGAAAAAAUUGUUUCUGCAGGUGGUGUAGUCAGGAAGAAUGACGGAGUGUACGGGUUGCUGGAAGGAGAAAAUAGAUGGAUUGCUCUGGCGCCUAUAGCUGCGAUGUUCGCUACGAGCCUGUUGAAUUUGGUGGUUCUGGGUCCGGCGACGACGAAGGUUAUGAAGGAGAGGAAACAUCAAGAAACGAGAGACGGGAAGAGAUACUAUGAUCCAGGCCCAAAGUCGCCAGAGAUGCAGAAGCUCAAUUCGUCAUUCAUGAGGCUACACGGUGUCUCGUCGCUUUCUAAUCUGGUUGGUUUGGGCGCUCUGCUGGUCUAUGGCUUCACGCUGGCCGAGAAGAUAUAA